AUUGCUUGUGUGGUGUGUUCAUUUCCUGUUGUGUAUGAGGAAAUUAAUCAAAGUUUAUUUCACUUGAUGUUAAAUCCUAGAAGUGGAUACAGUUUUUGAGACUGACAUUUCUACACAAUUUCUAUGAAGUGAAACAUGUAUGAUCAGGGGAGGCAAGCUUAGUGCUGAAAAUUCAAAUUUUGCCUGAUGAAAAAUGCUGCAUCUCACACUUCGGAGCACUGCAUUCCAAUAUUUUGAAGCUUAGAACUGUGAUGGCAUCAUGGAUUGUGAUAAAUAAUAAUUGUAAUUUAUUAAAUCACUCAAACUUUGCUCUUCACACGUCUGCGACGUGUCCCAUUGAAGAAUUCAACGGUAUAAAGGCCUCUUUGAAAUAAGAAACUUAUUCUUUGGUCAAGCUUAGUCUGAGAUCUGUCAAUGUUCAGGUUUAAACCAAGAUGGAUUAUACUAUAGAUACUCUGACUUCAGAAACUGCUUUAAAUAACCCAGAAGGAUCCACAACAUGUAAGGAAGCUUCUGGCCAAAGAAAACCUGUUGGUCAGAAUAGUACUACGUCAAUAGCUGCCUUCAGUGAUGACACUGAGGAGAGUGCCGAGAAAUCAGAUCAGUACCAUAACAAUUGUCCGUCAGCCGAAUCGGAAAAGGACUCCAGCGGCAGUGAUGAUGAAGAAGAGGAUGAGGCAGAGCUGAGGCAGAGAAAUAGCAAAUCUGUCGAUCUUAAUCAGCGUGAGGCUCCAUCUGAUAAAACCAAGGAGAAACAAAAGGAUGAGAAAUACUGGCAGAGCUAUUCCAACGCAGAAACUGAGGACCUGCACAAUGCUUCUCAGAGUGAAGACCAGUCUUUCGGAGGCUCAAGCUCGCGCCAGCUGUUGCAGAAAAAGAGACUGCUUCUCUCCUCAAACAUGGAAAUUAGGCCCCGUAGAAAAAGAAAAGGCGUAGCCCGUCGUUACUCUGAUCAGGACAGCGUGGGCGACACCACGAUGUCAGACGACAUGUCGUCCAACUGUAGGGAUGAUUUAGUCUCACCGUCUUCUAUCAAACAAGAAAUUGUUUCUCCUAGUAAUGGCCUACCCACGCACGAGGAAGAUGAUGACUCUAGUGAUGAGGAUGACGAGCAGAUUUCAAAAAAUGGAUACCAAGGUGAGCUGGAUGAUAGUAACGAAAGUCCAGAAAGAAAUGAUUUCAGACCCAUUGGCAAGUUGAAAAUUACAGGCCACGGAGGUAAACUAAAAGUGAGCAAGGUCUCCAUCGCCAAUGAUGAAAGCAAAACAAGUGAUCAGGAUGGGGAGAUGGAUACUGACGAAAGUGAUGAAAACCUAAGUGAUAAUGAGAGUAAUGUCAAGAGGCCAAAAUUGUCGGAUGAAGAUGGGGACAAAAAUAGCAGGGCUUCAGCCAGAUCUGGCUUUUCAUCACCCCCCUCAACUACUGGCCUAAGAAGAAAAUUCCGAUGCAAAUACUGCAGUAAGAACUUUUCGAACUCUGACGAGCUGGCUGUACACACAGAAACCCACGUGACUCGAAAGUUUUCUUGUUCGGUGUGUAAUACAUGCUUCCAAACAAAAACUCUGCUCAGGAAACAUGUCUUGACUCAUCUUGAUGCUGUCCCUUUUGUUUGCCCAGAGUGUUCCACUGUGUGCCAAUCUGAACAGGAGCUUACGGAUCACAAGCUCACUCACUUAAGCUCUACUCGGAAUUUUGCUUGUCCUGAGUGUCCCUAUGCGGCCAAAAGGAAGAAAGAUCUCUCCAAGCAUAUGCUGGUGCAUACGGCGGAGAAAAUUCAUAACUGCCAGUUCUGCAAAUUUUCGUCCAAGCGUAAAUACAGCUUGCAGCGGCACAUGAAGACUGCUCAUUCCAUGUCGAAAAUGUACGACUGUAUGGUCUGCACUUUUAAGACAAGUUCGGUAGAUAGUUUUAAAAUACACAUCGCUCUGCAUGCCUCGUCUAGGUCCAUGGCCUGUAUCAUCUGUGGUGCUGUGGUGAAGAAGCCGACCAUGUUGCUGGAGCAUCUGAUGAGUCACUCUAAUGAUGUGGACAACACCUGCAAGAAUUGUGACGAGUCCUUCUCCACAAACUAUGAGUAUAUGAUGCACCUGUUGAUCCACAGAGACGUGACGGAAGAUGACCCUGAUCUUUGCAUGUCCCUGCUGUUGAAUGGGGCCACAGCUUUUCCGCUCAACACUGCCAUCUCACCAAAGAAAAGUAAGCUAGUUAUGGACACUCCUACAAUGGAGGCCAAAAUUGUUCAAAUGUCCAGUCUAUCUGCCCGCCUUGCCGAUAUGACCAAAGUAGUGACCCUCCUGAAUGAGAAAAAUAAAGUCAUAAGUCAGUUGGGUGAGAUAUCCACCAUGGCCACUGAGUUGGCAGUCAUCUCUGGCAAUGUUCUUCAGUCAUACAGGAACAUGUAUGGACUAUCCAGUGGUUCAAAAAAUAAAUCUUUGUCAACUUCCAAUGAUGGUGAAGAUGAGUCUUCCUUCCUUGACGAUGAUUACGGCGGUUUGGCCUCAGUGUUAAAUUUAACAGCUGCCACCAUCAAACAGGAACUUCAAGACACCUUUCCUGGUGGCAUGGAAACGGAGAUGCAGAUACAGGUUGAUUUCAAUGGUGACCCCAUUUCCUGCAUUCAGAAAGAAGAAGCUUAUGUGGCAACAAGAUCCAGGAUGGGUAAAAAUAUGAAAUGCCCUCGCUGUAAUUUGAUUUUUACUGACGGGCGUAGCUUAAAGCGUCAUAUUAUGGCGCAUGAUGACAUUAGGCCAUACUCUUGCGAAAAGUGUGGACAGUCAUUCAGAAGAAAUGAACAUCUGAAAAAACACAUGGUCACUCAUUCUGAUGAAAGACCCUACACUUGCAAGGAGUGCCCAUAUGCAGCGAAAACGGAACAUAGACUUAAGAUUCAUAUGCUGUGCCAUUCUCAGACUAAAGCCUUCUCUUGCCAGCAUUGCACAUACACAGCUAGAACAAACUAUGAGCUCAACCACCACAUGAAAAGGCACGAGCCGAGAACCUGUUCGCAGUGCAGCUUUGUUUGCUACUCCCGGCCGGAGAUGAAGAAGCAUGUCUUCACCCACUCGACCUUUGACUGCUCAGAGUGUGAAUACACAACAAAUGACCGGUCGGAUUACUCCAAGCAUAUUAAGAAGCACACCUUGGUGCAGCAUCUCUGCUGCGAGCUCUGCGGCUACUCCUGCGACACCAUGAAGAAGUUCAAGUACCACAAGCUGCGGCACGAAAACAAAACCCCCUACCAGUGCCCUGACUGUGACUACAAGUGCAGCUCCCGUGCCAGCUUUGAUUGCCAUCGUCUGAAGCAUGCUGGGCUUAAGCCAUACCUUUGCUCUUUCUGUGGCGCUGCCUUCCGGAAAACCUCACACCUCAACCAGCACCUGCUCAUCCACAAAGACGAGAAAGCCUUCAAGUGUAACGAAUGUGGCUACGCCUGCCGUACCAAGCACAACCUCAAGGAGCAUGAAAUGACUCACUCCGGUGAGAAGCCGUUUGCCUGUAAGUACUGUAGUUUCUCUUGCCGCAGGAACAAGGCCCUCCAGCUACACAUGCUUAAGCAUGAAAGCCAUGGAAUCCUCCUGCCCCAGAUGUCAAUGCCCAUGAUGCAAAUGCCUCCCAUGCAGAUGCCCUUGCCAUUAUCAAUGAUUUCACCGCCCUUGUUAUGACAGUAAAUUUUUGUAAAGCCAAACAUUUUUAUUUUAAAGUUCAAUCUGGUUUUCCUUUUCAAGUUCCUAUGGUGAUCAUUCUUGUGAUGUUUUAAUUUGUAAAUAGAAUAUUUUGGGACCAUCUAGCUGUUGAGAGCUAAAUUUUUGUUUCAGAGAGAUUUUUUUUUUUUUUGCUUUCUCUCUCCUACAUUCUUUGUCUUUAAUAUAUUUAUCAACUUGUGACCUAUUAUGAAUAACACCAUUACUACAGUCAUUCUAUUCCUGUCAUUCAUGAGGUCUAGUUUUGAAAGAGGACAAUUAAAAAUUUUGAUUUUUUUUUUUUUUUUAAUCGAAGGUCAUAAUUUAGUAAUCUGGCUUGUGUUAACCUAUUAUUUCUCUUCUGUAAUGAUAGUUGAACUGCAUUAUAGGGUGAACUGGAUGUAUACAUUUAACAUUAUUUAUUUUAUUUAUUGACCUUGUACCUGAUAUGUUUUUUUUUUUUUGUGUGACUUGGCAAAUGACCAAUCACCCUGUUUUAUUGAUGUGAAAUGGUUGGAGAGUUUGAAAUUUGUGCUCAAAUUUGUACAGCCACUAAGAAGUAGUUUGCUGGGUUCUUAAUGUGUUGUUUGACGGAGGGGAUGAAAUGUUAUCGCUGAUGUGACUGCACACAACCUGCUUCUAUUUGACUUGCGUUCGUAAUAAAUGGCUAAUGCUGUAAUUUUUUAAAGUAUUGGUCUCCGAAUCGUGAUAAGAUUGUCAGCAGUCUGAAGAGUUUGAGAAACACUGAUAUUAUGUUUAUAAAGGUGGAUUUAAAUUAAACUCUUAGCAUUUUUCUUCUGUAGUGGUAUUUCCCAAUGCCAUCCAAGAAAUAAGUAUAGAAUCCAGCAAAUAUUUAGUAUUGUAUCCAGCAAAUUAUGCUUACAGUUCGUCAUCUAAUAUUCUAACUAGCUGACUUUGCUAUUUGACACAAGUCUUGUAACAUGAAAUUCUUUUUUUUUUUUUUUUCUUUUUAUGUUUUAUUCUUUUUUUAAACAAACAUUUUAGUUUGUUUUUCUUUUAUAAAUUGCUAUAAUAGCAGCAAAUGUUAAUCUAAUUAAAUAUAUAUAUAUAUAUAUAUGAAAUAUUUAAAUUGUACAUUGUUAACGUUUAUAAUAGUCUUUAUUACCAUUUAACCUAGAAUUUUAUAUAUAUAUAUAAUAUCAUUCUUCUCUUGUGUGAUUGAAUUUUAAUGUGAUCGUGCUUCUGCUUCAGAGUGUAAAAAUAAAUACUACUUGACAGGAUGUUUUAAAACAAGCAAAAUAUAAUCUAAAAUAAUUGUUAAAAAAAAAAAGCUUAAUAUUUUUGAGUGAAGGGAAAGCACGGUUCAGCCGCUGCAAUAUCUCUUAAUAUUGCAAGGUUUAUCUCUCCCUGUUCUACAUAAAACAAACUUAAUUAACCACCACUAAUUGAAUAACUAUUUGGUUAAUUUUAUUUUUAUACUUGUGUUGUCAUGGAAAUGAAUAAUUGGGCGAAAUUUCAACUUGAUCCGAAAACAGGAAGGGAGAGCAAAAUGUGUAGGAGAAUACAGAAAGACAGUGUUAAUAUAAGCUUGGUCACUGUAAAAUCAUAGACAUAAAAAUGGCAGAUGUUCUGUAACUUGGAUGUUCCAUGUUCAUAUUCAGAAAUUUUCAAUACACAAAUAUGGUACUUAGUUUCAUUUGAAUGCAAUAUUGUGCAAUUUGGUGUAUUUUACCACCAGAAGAAAAUGUCCUUUUAGCUUAUCUUAAUAUGAUACAUAACAGUAAUUAAAAAAAAAAAAGGACACUUUAAUCAAUCCUAAUAUUUUUUAUAACAUAAAAAUUACAGCAGAAAAUAAGAGAAAUUAUUAUUUUUUAAUUGUAUUAUCUGGCUUUUAAUGGGAUCAGUAAUCGUGUAGCUAGCAUGACUAAAAUAAUGAAUUGGUGGCAUCAUGAUUUUUUUUUUUCCUGGUGACAUGUGUGGCUGAUACCGUAGCCCGAAAAUUUAAAGGCAGCGCUUAAGGGUCCUGAAGCCUGAUUUAUACCAGGCUCAUGCAGCUUUAUGAGUCCCUUUUGCACAAUUGAGUACCGGUAAAAAGUUCCAGAGUGUGUAUAGUGUUGUAAUAUAUCUUCUCUUGCAUAAUUUAUCUUUAUUUGUUUGAAUGGGUUUGAAAGUUGGUGACUGAAAAACUGUCAAGACGUACCUUGGUUUUGUCACAUCAAUUACUAAACAGAAGCUUGUGUAGAACACUUUUUUUUACGUGUGCUUACAAGAUUUUCAUUUCAAUUUUUUUUUAAUUGCUUUUGUUGAUUCCAGAUUUUUUUUUUUUUGUCAAGUGACUAUUUUAAGAGAGUAAAAAAAUAUGUGUGUCCUUUUUAUACAUUUUUUUUCUUGCUAUUGCACUGUUUUUACUUUAUUUAUUUUUUAAAACAAUAGUUUUAGUGACACUAUAUGAUUUAAUAACACUAUUACAUUCUAAACUAAACCAAUUUGUGUAGAAUUGAUUGUUUGUAAGGAAAGCAACAAUCUAUUCCCCUAGUUAAAGUUGUCAGAUUGCAUUGUGGUGUUUAUUAAUUCUGGUAACUGGUUUCAGGAUAAAUUUACCAAGUAAGUUCCCCUUUCAGACCUUGUGGUGUAUAGGGCAGAUGAUGUAAUGGCCAUCUGUUUCUGUGGCCUACGGUUAACAAGGGUGUCAUGUGGCCAGCACAAUGACCAUCCGCUUCUACUUUUUCCCAACUAAUGUCAGAUACCCAUUAGAGCUGGGUGGACUCAGAGGCGCCCAAAGACUGAAAUUAAAAAUCCCAGUUUUUGCCAGGAUUCGAACCCGGGACUCCCAGUCUGGAAGCCAAGCGCUUUACCACUCAGCCACCGCCACUGUGCCUCCCAAUUUACCCUCUAAGUUAGGAGAGAUAAAUCUGAAAAUAUAAAAGAUUAAAAUGAAAUGGAAAUUAGUAAGACAUAUAGACAUAGUUUUGACCUUUGGCCUUUUUUUUUUUUUUUUUUUAACAAAAUUAUGUAGGGUUUAAAUAAUUUUUUUUGUUCAGCGUUUAUUUAUUUUAUGGUUGGCUGAAAUGUUAACUGCCCUUUACGCUCAUAUCUGGUGAAUAUGUAUGUUGACUUUUAACACUAUGAAAUGAGCAUUGAAUAAGUGUUAUGGUUGGAUGAAAAGUUACUAAAUUUGUAUAUCUUGUGUACCCUAGUAACUUCUCUUGCUUUUUUUUUAAGACAUAUUUAAACAGUGAUUUCUGUGAUUGAACAAUGAAAUCUUGAACGUGAUACUCUGAGCAUUGCUGCUUUUUGUCAACAACUUUGAAGUUCUUAUGGCUCACUUUAUUUCCUUGAGAUUUUGGUGGUGUUGUUUUUUUUUCCAUAACCUUAUUUUGAAUUAGGCACAUUGUUGAUCAGCUUUAAACCCAUGUAGAUUCUCAGAACAACACAAAGAUAAAGAAAAUUUUAUUUAUCCAUAUGCUGGGACAAAUUCUUACAAGCGCUACUUAUUCCCUGGCACUAUUAGAGAAUAAAAUGGGUUGCCUUGCCUGAAUCAGCUAUGAAAACCAACGACUUGGCAGAGUUUAAGCCAUUGAGUAACAUAAAUGACAUUAUGAAAGAGAUAACCGAGAUUAAUGGGGAAAAAAAAUAAGGAUUCACUUCACAUUGCCCUUAUUUGUACCCCUACUCCUCACUUAGUGAUCCUCGAUGUCCAUACAUUUUUUAAAAAAUUAUACAUGGCUCUAGAUGCCUGGUGCCGCCUUGGGAAAAAGCUAAUAUGGUUACAAUUAAAUUGGAUAACUUUAAAUAGUUAGUCCUAGAUGUAGUUUUGGACACUUCAUUCUUUUCGUUGUCUACAUGGGUUUAGAGCUAUUUGUUUUUCUUAAUCAGAAAUAGUUGUUUUCGUCGACAUUCUUUCACAUUGUCUGUGGUACAACAGCUAUUCUCGUAUACUGAUAUAUUUUUUGGUUUUUAAACUUCGGAGCUAUUACUUGAUGAUGAAAGAUGAAAUGCAUGUAAAUAAUGUUUGCCCUGAAUAUUUAUACUGUUCUUUUUUUAAUAUGUCUACCGUUGUAUAUUUUCAAGGAGACAGUCUUGCACAUAGUGGAGAUGGACAAAACAAUUAUACAAUUAUCACAUUUGCAAAUUUCUUUUUGGGGAACAUAGGUCCGCACUAUAAAAUAGUUAACUAUUUUUUUUAUAUUUUUUUUUCUUUAUUUCCCGGUACAUUAGUUCCUUCUCUGUGUUUCUUUUAUUGUGUUUGUAGCUCUGCUGAUUUGAUUCCAUAGAUUGUCUUUUUGUUUGUUUUGUUGUCUUUGUAUCUCUGCUGAUUUGAUUUCAUAGAUUGGUUUUUUAUUUCUUUUGUGGUAAUCCAUGAACUGCUACUGCAAUACAGUCACAGUGCAGUACUUGCGGUCAAUUCUUAAUGAGAUAGUGAAGUUACCAGAAGUUUUCAUAAUGUAGAGCUCCUUCUGUCUCUUAGAGAACAAGAGACAUAAGAUUCUUCUAUUUUUAUAAUAGGAAAACUGGAUGCACCAGUAUUUUCACUUUUUUCUACUUUUUGUUUUCUAUUCUUCAAAUACAAGUAUCAAUACCAUAAAAAUGUGUUUAUGCGGAUUUGUUCUGGUUUAAAUAUAGGAGAAAGGCUUAGAGAGUUGGUGACAAUUUUGCCGCCUGAAGCACGCUGUGUUACUGGCAAAACUACUGCUGUUUCAAUAGACACAUGAGCUGCGUGGAGAGAGGUGAACUGCUGUGUAAGUGUAGGCGACUUCAUUACGAUUUGCCUUUCAUUUCAUAUGCUUUGCAAUGUAAUGUACACUCUUUUAAUCAUAGAGGCCAACAAUUCAUAUUUCUGAAUUACAUUUUUUUCUGGUUAAACAAAUUUGAAUAUUUCCCUUUACUUAGGAAUUAAAAGUGAGUUUUAUAAGCUAAAAAAAGGAGCCAAUAGGUUGACUUCAUUCAAACUAAAUCAUUUGUUCAAAUUGUUUAAGAUUUCAUAUUAAUAGUGUAAUUAUUUCUGCCCUCAUUAAAUCAGCUCUUGUAUUAAAAAGUUCACUAAGGUCUAUAUAUUUAUUAUAACAAACCUUAACUAUUGUGUACAAGAGAGUUGUUGAGUCAAUGAAAAGAGUCUAACUAUUUGUUGAAUGUCUUCAAUGUUUUCUGAAGUUUUUCUUGGAAACAAGUGAAACGGAUGUCUUUAUUGUGAUACAGAAUUGUACGUUAAAAUCUUCAAGUAUGUAACUACAGUUCUCUGCUAUGGAUUUAUUAUUAAAAAAAAAGAGAGAGAGUACAAGGUUUAUGCUGUGUAUAAGAAGAAAGCUGUCCUGGCUAUACUAAGUGGAUGUUGGUCUAUGCAAACCAUCACUAAAUUUUUUUUGUUCCCCUCAGUGCUUCUCAAGUAUUGCAACAGAUUCACUUGUAGGCUGUGUACUAAAUUUGUACAAUUUCGCAGUGCAGAGAGCACCGCAUUAGUUUUUUUUAUCUAUUCCAGAAAUUGUAAUUAUCUUAAGGUUUUAAAAUUUUGCAUAAGAGUAUGAAUGACAUUGAUAAAUAUCUUGCUAGAAAAAUUGUUUUUUUCCUAUAAAUAAUAUAUUCCCCCCCCCCCCCCAAUGUGUAUAAUAUUAAUUGGUAACUGUUUGGAUUUCUUUUUUUUUUGUGCUUCACUUUUGUUUCUUCAUAGUUAUCUGCUCAUCCAAACAUGAUGGUCAUUCUAUUUUUUUUUUUUUAAAGUAUGCUAAUUAUUAUUGAGCUGUUUCGAAGAAUGAUUGUACAGUAGUUAGAAGUUUGAAAUAACAAAAAGGAAAGAGGAUCCCCCCCCCCCCCCCAAAUGUUGUUUUAAUUUACUGUUUCAACAUUUGAACACCAAACUUCGUUUUUUUUUGUACAAGUCUUGUUUAACAGUAGAUAAUAUUUCAUGAAAGUUUCGUUCAAGUCACAUUUCUUUCCAACCACCCUUUUUUUUUUAAAUCAUUAAAUCUGUUCCUAAACUAUGGCUUCACUCUCAAAUGUUAUUGUAAACAGCUUCAUCCUAAUAAAGAAAUAUUUGUCUCUA